CCUUUUUGUGUUUCUGUGUUUUAUUAGAAUUUAGUUCUGAAAACAGUUUUGUCUGCCAUAGUAAAAAUGGUAUCUCGUUCUCUGCGUGAAGAAAAGAUGAUGUCUGCGUUAUUAGAGAAUAAAUUACUUCAGCUGCUAUUAUUAUUACUGCUGUUGUCCUCGGUGAUUUUGUUUUAUAGUUUUGCCGGAUCAUCAGAAAGUGUAUUCUCUGAAACAAAAUCAUUCAAAGCAGUAGUUCAUGAAAAAGAGAAAAGAGCAGACAAUGUACCUCUUGAUCAAGCUGCGAAGCAUAAUGAAGAAUUUAAUAAUGAUUUUCAUAUUCUAAUGAUGUUCACGAAUGUGGAUCAGCGUCCUGUUUUGGAAAAGAAGUUGAAAAACAUGCUAGAAUCACUCUUUGAACAUGCCAAAUUUGAUGCGGAACAAAUUUUACAUUUGCAUUUUGUAUGUGACGAUAAAAGCAAGGACAUUGCAAAGGAAACAGUGUUCACCCAUUCCGAUCAUCCUGAUGUUCAUUUGGAAGCACAUUUCCAUAGUGUCGAUAAUUUUGCAAAACAAAUUUAUCCCAUUGUAAAAAACAUGCAGGAACACUUUGGUAAUCACAAUUAUUUCAAGGAUGCAAUUUUCUUCCUGUCUAUAGCAAUGCAUAGGAUUCUGCCAACAAAUAUACACAGAAUUGUUCAACUUGAUUUGGACCUCAAAAUAAAUGCAAAUAUCCGUGAUCUUUGGAAUGAAUUUGAUUAUUUCAGGCAUGAAAAUCUUUUUGGUCUUGCUCGUGAAAAUCAACCUGUAUACCGACACACUUUCUGGAAAUAUCGUAAAGAAAAUCCUGGAACGAAGGUUGGAAACCCUCCACCAGAUGGCAUCACAGGUUUCAACUCUGGUGUAAUUCUACUGAAUUUAGAUUUGAUUCGUGAUUCCAGAUUUUACAAUGAAUUCUUAGACAACAGCAAAGUGGAGAAAUUGGUCAAAAAAUAUUAUUUCAAGGGACAUCUUGGCGAUCAGGAUUUCUUCACUUUGAUGAAUAUUGAGCAUCCAGAACUGUUUCAUAUUCUUGAUUGUACUUGGAACCGGCAGCUAUGCCAGUGGUGGAAAACACAUGGUUAUCAGGACAUAUUUGAUCGUUAUUUUAUGUGUGAUGGUGAUGUGAAAAUAUGGCAUGCAAAUUGUGACACGCCAUUCCCUGAAUGAGGCAUAAAAGCUGCAAGUAUAUGCUUGUAUUAUCUUAUUACUGUCUGUAUUCCAUCUGUUUAAUACUCACUGUCAGUAGCUAUUUUCAAGUUAUGAAACUUUUUUGAAACAGUCUUCCUGAUAUAAUUGCUUCAAGUCUUUCACCAAGCAGUGUUAGCUGACAUCUGAGAUCGCAAGGCUAUGUUUCGUAAUUUUUUUACGAAACCUGCAUACCGUAACUGCAUGCACAUUGUCAUAUCAAUAUGUAAAUAGGUCCCAACUAUAUCCCAAUUUCCAAUUCACAUUUGCAAUUUUUUUGAACUUUCGAAAUCGUAUUGUUGGUGACAUAAACCAUGCACGAAUUAUAGUCGACACUCGACAGCAUGUUCAUAUAUCCUCUGUUUUAUUUCAUGAAAUUAUUCUGAAUCUCCAAAUAUUUCUAAUUCUUAAUACAUUCCUGAUUGACGAAUACUAUCAAUGCCAAUAAUGCAAUAUGCAACUCUUGUAUAGCCAGAGCUUAGUCAUUUCCGGAUUUUCUAAUUGAAAAAUGGGGCACAUUAAAGUUUUCACUAGUUUCAUCAAAAAAUUUUGCAAAGGCAAUGAUCAUGUCACUUGGCAUCUGACAUUUGCAGAGUACUGAAGAUGAUUGUUGUUUGUCCCAAUUCCACUUUAGUGUGUUUCCGCUUUCUGAUCUCAUUUCAGUUUUCAAUUUCAUAUGAAAUUAAUAUUUCAUUUGAACUGGUGCUGCAUGGUCAUUAAAUAUUUAUUGUAUCAAGUUGCUGUAGUCGUAGGUUGACUGUUCUUGCAUGUAGUUUAUGUAUUGUUGUCUCCAAUACAAUGCUCAUGACAUGACGAUAAUUAAUACACUGUAUUCUAAUAAAGAUGUGCUUCUUUUGUAUCAUUUUAAUAAUUCCUCUUUGUCAUAUUAGCCAAAUUUUUUUAACUGCCAAGUGCCAACAAUUUUUGCCUUUAUUACUGAGACCAGUUUCUGUCAAGUAUUGCAAAUUUGCUGUGACCAUUCAUAUUCAUUUCUUCAUUCUGCCUUGCACAUUUUUAAACGUUAUAGAAAGAAUUAUUGUCACGUGUUCGUUUUUUUUUCAUUUGAUAUAGUUGUAAUAGAAGCAAUCUUAUGGAAUGGGCUUUUGGUAUCUGAUUUUACACCCAAACUUAUUUGGUUGAAAAUUAUUCAGCAAGACUAUACAAUUAUUCUGGAAUAAUAGUUAUUCCCUUAUGCUUUAUUAAAGCUAAUGCUUUCUGAUUGAGAAAAAAAACAUUGCCACAAGUCAUGGAAGUGUGUGUCUGAUUAGGUAGUUCAUUAUGCCUUUGCAGUUACAAAAUAUCCUCUAUUCAGCAAAUUGAUGAUACUGAUUGAUAUUAAGAUUUUAAUUGCCGAAGGGUCGAAUCUUAUACCGGUUUUUAUUUCUUUGAUUUUGAGAUAACACAUUUUUUUGAACAUCGUAAUAAAUAUAUAUCAUGUUGUUUAAACCAUCUUUUAUUAUCUUCUCUGCCUUGUGCUCGCAUAAAAAUUAGUUUGCUUCAAGGGCAAGUUUAUAUAUAUUUUGAAUUCCCAUAAACAUCUGUAGCAAAUAUUCAUUUACUUCUAUCAAGUGUUUUUACUCAUAUCAUAUAUUAAUCAUCUUCAUAUAAUAUUUUGUUAUUUGCAUAUAUUAAAUAAAAAAAUAGA